AUGUGGUCGGGCCCUAUAUUUGACCACAAUAACGAUGGAAUUGCGGAUGAAAUAAUUCUUGGGGGAAUAAAAAAUGCUGUUAAAUUUACCCCAAUUCCUUCACACAUCUUUCUAAUUUUGUUGCGGUGUUCCAAUUCUAGUUGGAACAGUGAAGGAAGGCAAUGUGAGGAUUUGGAACAGACGAGAACAUUGGCUUUUGUGUUGCCUAUAGUUGAGAAGGAUUUGAAUUGUUUGUUCUCUGUUGAAUACAUUUUCCGGCAUACUACACGCAUUAGAGACAUUGAAUUGUUAACGGGAAAUGAAUGGUUUGUAGACUACCCCCAAGAUUUGGCCAUCCAGCUGCGAACUAAUUUGAAUGAAGAGUUAUGGCAAUUGGAAUUGGAAAAAUAA